UUGCGUUCAACUGAACAACGAAUUUUAAGUUUUCAAUCAAAAUUAUAUUGUGAGUUUUCUUUUUGGAAUAGAAUAGAAUAUUCACACAGAGAGGAUGUUAUUUAAGAAAUGCUGCUUCUUUUUGGCGCUGGACAGUGGCUGCUUCAUCAUUGCCCUGUUCUUUCUGUGCUUCCACAUGGGCGAGAUGAUAACGCACAGCAACGAUUGCAUUUUCGUGAAAAAUACAUCGGAAAAGAGUUGGGCAGCCAUCCUGAUGGCGGGCAUCCUAACGAUGGGCAUCAUCUCCUCCUGCCUGCUAAUCUACGGUGCCAAAAAGAGACGCCCAGGACCAGUUCGCUUCUGGCUGACUGUCUUUGUAAUAAUACUGUUCUUCUACAUCGUUCUGGCCAUUAUCGAUAUCGUUAUAGAGUCUCCGCCACCGGCUGCCAUCUUCGUGCAGGUAUUCAUCAUAGUCUCGUUAAUCUACUCGAUAAUGGUUGUGCAUUCCUUCUACAAGUCUCUUAGUAGAGCAGAUGACGACGAUCCCUAUACACCCUGAUUGACAUCCCUCUUUUCUACCCAUCAAAAUAUACAUACAUACUCGUA